AUGAAGUGGAGGCAUUUAGCUGCGGGUGUCCUCGCGCAGCGGCUGGUGCUACCAGUCUUGGGAUAUGGCACUACCAUUUCCAUUGCGAUCAGCUACUGCCCUGCCACCUAUACGAGCACAAGCACGACCAGCAGCUCGUCCUCAACUCCCAGUUCUGGACCUGCAACACCCUACUAUCUCUUCCUGGCCAACAGCUUGAGCGGGCAACUGGAGUACAUAGCCUCUGAUGGUACCAUAUCCACAGACCCUCAACAAGCAGUCGCCUUCACAAUCACACCUUCGGGUCAGCUGAUGAGUGGAAGAGAAUAUGUGUCUACCAGCGGAGAAGUGCCUUCGCAGAAAUUCGAGGUCUCUCCGGUGUUGGCGGAGCUUGCAACAGUAUUCUCCGUCUCCUCCAAUAAUACCUUGUUGUGGACGAACGACGCAUUUGCCGGACGCGAGGCUCUCUUCUGUGACUUUGGUUCUGUCGUCCAGGUUUUCUUCAAUGGAGAGGCACCCCCAGGCUGCACGGUGACCCCAAUCAGUGUGGUCCCUACCGCAGAUGUUGAUGCCACUCUGUCGUCGUCUACCACCAUGCUACAAUCGUCGAGUCUGAGCACGACGGUUGGGUCAUCUAGCCAGAUGACAACCACCAUGAGCAGUCUCUCCUCAGGCCCAUUCUCGAGUUCUAUUUCCGAACAGGGAACCAUUCCCGGAACCUCAAUCUCGUCUAGCCCAACGAUUGCAAAUCCAUCGACUUCAUCUUCCACCACUAGGGGCUUGACGUAUUCUUCGACAAGCUUUCAGUCUUCGUCGUCGUCAGCAUCUCCGAUUUCCACGCCGUACUUGUCUCCCACCACAACUGGCGUGCCGAAUUGCUUUGAUCGUUCACCAUUCGACGGCACAGUCAAUGACAACUACCUGAUCCUCUGCGAUACAGAGCUUCCAGGCUUCGAGUUGGAAGCGGUGCCAGCAACCGACAUUGCCGAUUGUAUCGACGCCUGCAACAGUUACGUGCCAGGGUCUGAUAGGCCAUGCAUUGCGGUCGAGUUUGACAUUCUUGCACCUUCGAACCCAUGUCACCUGAAAUUCGAUAUCAAUGUCGUGAACAGGGGUGCGAACGCGUUCGCCCAAGCUGCAAUCAUUGUUAACGAACCAUAUGCUCCUGAAAUCGAGUUUGCAGACGGCAAUAGUAACCCAACAGACACGGGCGUCGUAGACUCCUCAACCACGACAUGGAUGAUGGAUGGGACAACUUCCCAGUUGACGACCACCACGACGAGUACUGGGUCGGAGCCUCCUCCAUCGUCAAGCUCUUCACCCACAACACCUGCGCCCUCAACAUCCACCUCACUCUCCAGCGGAGGCUUGUCAAGUACCACGACUACGAGGUCAGGGUCUACGUCCGUUGGCCCAAGUUCCUCAGGAGUUGUAUCAUCGACAACGAGCCUGCAACAAAAUACUGCAACAAGUUCCAGCCAGUCUUCUAGCACCAGUAUGGUCCCUUCGGGGUCCACAGCACAGCCCUCGAUUCAAUCCUCGCCAACAACCUCUUCCAGCUCAACUUCUUCGCGUCUACAAUCAACCAGCUCCAGUCGGAUAGCAGGCAGUUCAACAACGCCGGUGUCGAGCACGUCACAGACGACGACACUACUGACAACAUCUCCAACAUCAUCAAGAAGCACACCCCUGCCAUCGACUUCCACAACCACAUCCACAUCCACAUCCACAUCCACAUCCACAUCCACAUCCACAUCCACAUCCACAUCCACGGCCUCAUAUUGCUCUGCAACGCCGACGACAGCAGCUCUUUGCUCCACAUACAACCAUCAAGCAUUGAACGUCAACAGCGACGGCGUCUGCUACGAAGUUGAAUGCGCAACAACGUUACAGAGCAACAUCCUCACCGGCAACUCGACGACAGCCUCCUCCCUGAAGACGUGUAUCGGGUUUUGCACACUGUACAACGUGGCUCUACCGUAUGGGUGUCUCGGAGUCAACUACCUGGGUUCGUUGAGUGGAAGCACCCCCAACUGCAUUUUAUUGUCUUCUGUGACAGGAACAACAUACAGCCCCGGGAUUGACAGCGGCCGCCUCCUGUUCCCAGGCUACCCAGCAAUCACCGAUCCUUCGCUCGGGCCCACUGCAACCACAACCACUACCCAGGCCACAGCGUCAACGACCUCAGCAUCACGCUUAACAACCACAACCGCAAUCACAACUUCCUCGGCCAGCACAACAUCAUACUCACCCCUAAGCUGUCCCCCUGCUCCAACGGCCUCCGCAUGUCCCGGUACAUCUCCCACAUGCUACGACUACAACAUUUACGGCUUGGAAGUGAACUACGAACUCGAAUGUGGCACCAUCUUCACGGGCGCCCCAGUGCAGCCGAUCGUGGCAUUCUCUUUGGAAGAUUGUAUCAUGUGGUGUCAAUAUCAGAAUCUGCUCCAACCAAACAGCUGCGUGGGGCUGACUUUCCAGGAAGGCGAUGUCGGUCAAGGAACGCCCAACAAUUGUUUCAGAUACUCGAGCUUGACAUGUGUGACCCGAGGGAACGCCACGUUCGACAGCGCUCGUCUGCUGUAUAGUGGGUAUCCUCGAAUGACGGAUUACACUGAUCCCAACUUCGUCUGUGGUGUUACGAUGACGACGACGACGAGGACGACAGCUACAACUACAACAACACGUGUUGUCACUUCUGGUAGUAUUGUCGGGGUCACCACUUCUGUGUCGAGUAUAUCAACGACGAGCUCUACUCGAGCCGCGACGACCAGCUCGUCAAGUACCACCUCGGAUCGCUCACAGGCUUCUUCGACUCUUUUCCCACGAGCGUAUCCGCAAGACCCGGCGGACUACACCAACGUCGGCAACAACCCAUUCGGCGCCACCACGCAGGCAACAUACAACAGCUGCCUCAACCAAUGCGACGUCGCAGCAAGCCAAGGCACGACAUGCGCCGCCUUCUCCUGGACGACCUCUUCCGGCCUCUGCACGCUCUUCGGGCGAGUCAGCAACGGCGGCGCCACCACGACCAACAUGACCAACACGCAAGGCACGCACUCCGGACGAUUCCUAUCGACCGGGUCCAACGGCGCCGGCUCCGCGUCUCCGCUACAACUGUACUUGUCGCACCCGAUCCCCUUCCCCACGGGCCAGAACAUCCAGGGGGCCACGCUGCCCGCAUACCCGGGCGGGACGAACACGUAUUUCAACGGCUGGGCGGCCAACUCGCACACGACGCCGCUCGACCUGUCUGGCCAAUACGCGCCCAUCACAUGGCGGAUCUUCGACCAGACGAGCCCAAAACUCUUCGUGACGGCCAACUUCUGGUUCACCAACUCGCCGCUCGUACUGAACUCGGGCACGCAGAACACCUACAGGGUCGGCGGGCGCAGCACUGACGCUGUCCCGAUUUCGUUCCCGGCGUCCAAUUUGCCCGCGUACACGCUCGCGCCGUUCUGGACGUCGGGCUUCAUCUUGGGCGCAGGCCAACAGGGCAUCUACUACCAAGUUGACGAGAUCGGUUCCGGUUCGGCACGAUACGGCAUCUCCAUUGAAUGGUUCUUCAGCCACAAUACCGAAGACUCGGCCGUGCAGCAUGCAAUCAUCACCUACGACACGGGCGUGCCGGGCGUGUGGACCACCUAUUUCUUCAGCGUGGGCAGUCUCACCACCGACCAGGGCGGCAGGCAGACCGUCGGUGGCCAGGGCAGUUCGUCCAGCAUGUCGCAGUUCUUCACGUAUUGUCGGGCCCAGAGAGGUUGCGUGACACCUGGCUCCAGGCUGGUUAUGGAUACCACGCAGUCCGAUCCUGCGCUGAUCGUCAAUUAUACUGCGGGUUACUUUGCCGCGGCUAAUGUCCCUGUUGGGACGUGGUCUUGGGCGAGCAUUCCCAACGAUGGUAGCUAG